CUGAAAAAUCGCUAAAUUACCAUUACUUUUCAACAGCUGUGGCAAAAAACGUGGAACUCGAUUUGUUUUGAGUUUUCAUUAUUUAUAUUUUCUGUAAAUUUAUUUGUUUGUUUGGAAAAAAAAUGGAAGUUGACCAUGAGGAAUCUAAGAUCACCAUCACUAACCCCAUAAACAAAAUAAUACGUGAACGUUCAGCUGAAAUUGUUUCCGGAGGCAAUGUUUUCUAUAACCCGGUACAAGAAUUUAAUCGUGAUUUAAGCAUUUCAGUGCUAAAUGUUUUCUCCAAACGUUUACAAAAAGAACGUCAAGAGAAACUUUUAAAGAAAAGCAAAAAAGAUGCAAAUGGUAAUGCCUCAAAUGUGGAAAAUGGUGAAACCCCAAAUAACGACAUGGUAUAUAAAGCUGGUACAAAAUAUGAAGAUGGUUUAAGGAUAUUGGAAGCUCUCUCGGCUACAGGUUUGCGUAGUAUACGUUAUGCCAAAGAAAUUGCUGGUAUUAAAGAAAUUGUAGCCAAUGAUUUGUCCAGACAGGCAGUGGAGGCCAUCAAAGAGAAUAUAAAACAUAAUCAGGUGGAACAUUUAAUAGAACCCAGUCAUGCGGAUGCUAUGACGCUUAUGUAUUUGUCGACAUCGAAUGGCAAACAGUUCGAUUGUAUCGAUUUGGAUCCCUAUGGUUGCCCCAAUCGUUUUCUGGACGGUGCCAUACAGUCCUUGGUCGAUGGUGGUCUGCUGCUGGUCACAGCUACUGAUAUGGCCGUUUUGGCGGGAAAUGCCCCUGAAGCCUGUUAUGUCAAAUACGGCUCGGUGCCAUUGCGCAUGAAGUCUUGCCAUGAAAUGGCUCUGCGUAUUUUACUGCAUUGUAUUGAAACUCAUGCUAAUCGUUAUGGCAAAUAUAUCAUACCUUUGCUAAGCAUUUCCGCCGAUUUUUAUGUUCGUAUUUUUGUGCGUGUAUUUAGUAGUCAAGCCAUGUGUAAAUUUAGCAUGAGUAAGCAAUCCAUGAUUUAUCAAUGUUGUGGCUGUGACACAUAUACUCUUAAUCCUUUGGGCACAAUCAAACCCAAUCCUACGCCUUCAAAUCCAAAUCAGGUUAAAUUUGGCAUACCCACCGGGCCGCCAGUGGGCUUGAGCUGUGAACAUUGUGGUCAUAAACAUCAUUUAGGUGGUCCCAUUUGGUCGCAUCCCAUACACGACAAGACCUUCGUACAAGAAUUGCUAGAGGCAAUAGACGAGCAGCCCUUAAGUGAACUGGGUACACAAAGACGUCUGAUUGGUGUAUUGACGGUGGUACAGGAAGAAUUGGAUGAAGUACCACUCUACUAUACAUUAGACAAGCUUUGUUGUGUCUUAAAAUUGGAAAUCGUUCCUAUAUUGAAAUUCCGUUCGGCUUUGCUAAAUGCCGGCUAUAAGGUGUCUUUCUCACAUGCCUACAAGAAUUCCAUUAAAACAAAUGCUCCCGCCUCUGUGUUAUGGGACAUUUUAAGAAGUUGGAAUAAACGUCAUCCCGUUAAGGAAGAGCGCAUGAUUGAGGGUACACCCAUAAAAGCAAUUUUAAGCAAAGAAUGUUCACAAGAAUACGAUUUCGAUAGUAUACAUCCCGAGGCAAAUCCUAAAAGUAGAAAGCAGGCUUUAACCAGAUUUCAAGAAAAUCCUACUGCACAUUGGGGUCCAGGAACCAGAGCAACUAUAAUGGUGGGAGAAGAUAAAGUUGCCAAAAGUUUUCGCAACCAAAAUAAAAAACAAAAGCAUAAAGCUACAGAAUCGGAAGAUUUGAAUGAAAAUGGCGAGGACAAGGAUGCGCAGAAAACUAAACAAGCUAAAAUAGAGCAGAUAAACGAAAGUUGAUUUUUUUAACAUAAGAAAAAUGAUUUAUUUUAUUAAACAAUUUACAAAGAUUUUUA